AACUUGUCGCCCAUGCUCCUGGCGCCCCCUCCAGCCUGAGCUGUGCGCCGCAGGGGUGGAACGUGAUGGACAGCCCGGAGGCCAGGGGCGUCGCUGCUCUCUGGCACCGGCUGGGCGGGGGCUGGCAAGGCCCCAGAACGAUGUCUUCCGGGGAUACCCCUACCAGAGGGCCAGUGGCUCAGAGGCCCAGCUCGGCGUAUGGCUGGGGCCACGCCUCCAGAGACAUGGGGAUGAAACGGUGCCAGGGUGGCGCCCAGUGUGUGAAACGGCACCCAAACUGCCCCCUUCCCUCAGGUAGUGGAUGGAGUCUAGGGAAGUCCAGUGCCCUGAGCUGACCCGAAACGCGUCUUUGGACAAAACCCGGUGCCCCGCCGAGGCGCUCUGGCCCGAGGGCGGGGCCAGGGCGGAGCCCGAGCCCUCCGGGCAGGUGCAGGGGGAGGUGCCCGGCCCUGCCCUGCCCCGAGGGGCCGUUCUUGGAGGCCAGAGGCGGGUCAGAGAAACGGCCGGUGCGGGCGACGCCCUGGAACCCGCGGGUGGAGACUUCGGCCACAGGUGCCGCGCAGGGCACUGUGUCCCAGCCGUGGGUAUCAAAACUCUCGCGCUGGAAACUCAGGCUUCUGGGCUGCUCUCAACUCUCAAUUCCCGACACCAAGGCUCCCAGGCCGGAGAGUGGCGCCCUGGGGUCGCCCGAAGAGCGGGGCCGAGAGCCCCCGGGGUCAGACAGCGAAGUCCCUGGGCCUGUGGCAGGACAGGUCACCGCGGUGCCCGGACCAGGCGGCGAGGACCCGGUGCCCUCUGCAGAGCAGGACGCGGGGACCCCCGGGCCAGCUAGCGAAGUCCUCCAGCCAUCGGCGGGGCAGGGCGCGGAGCUCCCGGGCCAUGCCCACCUGGGAGCUGUGAGACUCCUGGGCCAGGCAGCGACGACUCGGAGCCAGCGAAGCGCCGCGGGUCCCGGGGCAGUGUACGAGUCAGGGUCACGGGACCUCUUCCUCCGGGUUAGACUCGGAAGCUCCCCAGCAGCGUUUUCUACUGCGCCCGGAGACUCCCCCCUAACAGCGCCCAGAUCAGCUGCUCAUGGAGACGCCCAUCGAGCGCGAAAUCCGCCGCAGCUGCGAACGUGAGGAAAGCCUGCGCCGGAGGCGGGGACUGAGCCCAGGCCGCGCGGGCCGCGAACUCGUGGAGCUGCGCUUGCGGCCGGUGCUCAGCCUGCCAGGCCCGGGCCCCGCGCUCCCGCGUGCCUUGGAGCGCGCGCGGGCGGGCGCGCAGAUGCAGCGAGACAUCGAGCGGGAGGCUCACCGGCAGGCGGCGCUAGCGCACCCCGCGCCCCCUGAACCGCGCCCCCGGCCGCCUCCGCAGCCGCUGGGCGAGCUCAAACGCUUCUUCGAGGCCGCGGGUGGGUGCGACUCCUCGUCCGCAGCGGAGGACGGCGCGGGCCCGCAGCGGCUGCGGGAGCCAGGGAGCCUGUCGCAUUUGGCGGUGCAGAGCCGGUGCCCGGUGCUGGCCCGCGCACCGCCGCCCAUCGCGCCGUCGCUGCUGGAGCAGGAGGUGCGCGAGGCGCAGGAGCGCGAGCGGGAGCUGCAGCGCCAGAGGCUUAGCGUCUAUGGCACCGCCGAGGUCAAGGAGCCCGCGCCGAGCCUAAUGGGGGUGCGGCCUGCCUCCUUUGUCCCGGCGCCUCCAGCUGGUGAGAGGAGGAGCGACCCCGGCUGAGUGCCCCUUUCCCCGCAGCGAUCAGGGGCGAUGGAAAGCUGGCGGUGAUCUGGCCUCCCCGCAGAAAGGCUUC